AUGGGGUCUAUUGAAGGCUCAGCUAAACAGAAUACUGCCACGGCGCGCCACGAGGAGCACCAGUACCUUGACCUCGUCCGGAAUAUCCUCGACAACGGCGAGCACCGCCCAGACAGGACCGGCACCGGCACCUACUCCAUAUUCGCGCCGACACCGCUCAAGUUCAGCCUCAACCAGAAUGGCGAGCCCCUCCUUCCCCUGCUGACGACGAAGCGCGUCUUUCUUCGCGCCGUCGUCGCCGAGCUUCUAUGGUUCGUACAGGGCAGCACGUCAUCCAUACCGCUAAGCGAGGCGGGCAUCAAGAUCUGGGACGGCAACGGCUCGCGCGAGUUCCUCGACAGCGUAGGACUCUCACACCGCGAGGAAGGCGACCUUGGUCCCGUCUACGGCUUCCAAUGGCGGCACUUCGGUGCCGAGUACGUUGAUGCGAAGACGGACUACACGGGACAAGGCGUCGACCAGCUGGCAGAGAUUGUGCACAAGCUCAAGACCAAUCCGUACGACCGGCGCAUCAUCCUCAGCGCAUGGAACCCGGCGCACCUGAAGAAGAUGGCGCUGCCGCCCUGCCACAUGUUUGCUCAGUUUUACGUCUCCUACCCGCGGGCCAAAAGAGGCAAUGCUGCGGUCGUGGACGCCGAGGAGAAGCCCAAGGGCCACCUGCACUGCCAGCUCUAUCAACGGUCAUGUGACAUGGGUCUCGGCGUGCCGUUCAACAUUGCGAGCUACGCGCUGCUGACUCACAUGAUUGCGCGUGCAUGCGAUCUGGUCCCUGGGAGCCUGACGCAUGUCAUGGGCGAUGCGCACGUCUACCUCGACCACGUCGAUGCGCUGGAGACACAGCUCGAGCGGGAGCCCAGAGCUUUCCCGCUGCUCGAGAUGACGCGCGAGGCAGGCUGUGACAUUGACGGCUGGAAGGCAGAGGACUUUGUGGUCAAGGGGUAUGACCCUCACAAGACGAUUGCCAUGAAGAUGUCGGUGUAG